GGGAACCAAGGCUCCGAGACCCGCGGAGAACCGGACCCUCUCGAUGUCCCUUCAGUGAUGGGAAGAGGGACGCGUCGUUCCGGACUUUGGUGUCACAGCUGCACCUCUGUCCUUGUGCAAGCGGGAGUCUGAGCACCUCCCUGGGGAUGGCUUAGGCACGAGAGUCGGGGAAGGGGCACCGAGAAACGUCAGCCUCAAGCACAUCUCUUUUCUGCACCCCACUCGUUUCGGGGCUUUGUUAGACCGAGGUCUUCCAAGGAGGAGAGCUGAGCAGGCGAUUGCAUCUGAGCCCCUGGAACCCGCUCAGCGUUGGCCCCUGCCUCUGGCCCAGUUUCCCUGGCCUGGGAGACCUGCCUCCGCUCCCCAUUCCCGCUCCCGUCCCCACUCCUGAGCCUGCAGGCCCCUCCGGCCCCUCCUCCCGCUAACGUGGCUCUGGGACCCGGUCCCGGCCCAGACUCUGCUACCCGCCCCUCUCGGAGCCCCAGAUACAGUGAGGGGGAGACACGUCGAGCCCCUGGCCCCAGGCCCACCUCAUGAGAGACUUCAGACACCUGGAUUAUCCUUACUGGGGGUUGGGUUGGUGGGAAGGUCAGCAGUCUCCUGUCCCCCUCAAACCCCCACAGGAGUCACCACCCUAGGGCCAGUGUAUGGGUGAGGGGACAUCCCCUGGGGCUUGAGCUGCCCCACACAGAAUGCCCUGCACCCCCUGCUUCAUGCCCUUGCUGCUGGUGCUCCUGCUUGUACUUCCCCACACCAGGGCUGCCUUUCCCCAGGACCCCCUCCCUCUGCUGACCUCUGACCUGCAAGGUACUUCCCCAUUAUCCUGGUUCCGGGGCCUGGAGGAUGAUGCUGUGGUUGCAGAACUUGGGCUGGACUUUCAGAGAUUCCUGACCUUGAACCGGACCUUGCUAGUGGCUGCCCGGGAUCACGUGUUCUCCUUUGAUCUUCAAGCCCAAGAAAAAGGGGAGGGGCUGGUGCCCAACAAGUAUCUAACAUGGAGGAGCCAUGAUGUGGAGAACUGUGCUGUGCGGGGGAAGCUGAUGGACGAGUGCUACAACUAUAUUCGUGUUCUUGUGCCCUGGGACUCCCAGACACUCCUUGCCUGUGGAACAAAUUCAUUCAGCCCUGUGUGCCGCAGCUAUGGGAUAACUUCGCUGCAGCAGGAGGGUGAGGAGCUGAGUGGGCAGGCUCGAUGCCCCUUUGAUGCCACUCAGUCCAACGUGGCCAUCUUUGCAGAGGGCAGCCUGUACUCAGCCACUGCUGCGGACUUCCAGGCCAGUGAUGCUGUGGUUUACAGAAGCCUCGGGCCUCAGCCCCCACUCCGCUCCGCCAAGUAUGACUCCAAGUGGCUCAGAGAACCACACUUUGUCCAUGCCUUGGAGCAUGGAGACCAUGUCUACUUCUUCUUCCGAGAGGUCUCUGUGGAGGAUGUCCGACUGGGGAGGGUACAGUUCUCCCGGGUGGCCCGUGUGUGUAAGCGUGACAUGGGUGGCUCACCUCGAGCCUUGGACCGCCACUGGACAUCCUUCCUGAAAUUGCGGCUCAACUGCUCUGUCCCUGGGGACUCUACUUUCUAUUUUGACGUCUUACAGGCCUUGACUGGGCCUAUGAACUUGUAUGGCCGCCCUGCUGUCUUUGGGAUCUUCACCACCCAAACCAAUAGCAUCCCUGGUUCUGCAGUCUGUGCCUUCUACCUGGAUGACAUUGAGCAUGGGUUUGAGGGCAAGUUCAAGGAGCAGAGGAGUCUGGAUGGGGCCUGGACACCUGUGUCUGAGGACAGGGUCCCCUCCCCCAGGCCAGGAUCCUGUGCAGGAGUAGGUAUAGCUGCCUUGUUCCCCUCUUCUCGAGACCUCCCUGAUGAUGUCCUGACCUUCAUCAAGGCUCACCCACUGCUGGAUCCUGCCGUGCCUCCUGCCUCACAUCAGCCUCUGCUCACCCUCACCAGCAGGGCCCAACUGACCCAGGUAGCUGUGGAUGGCAUGGCUGGACCCUACAGUAACACCACUGUCCUGUUCCUGGGCUCCAAUGAUGGGACAGUGCUGAAAGUGCUUCCCCCAAGAGCGCAAUCUAGGGGACAUGAGCCCAUCCUGUUGGAAGAAAUUGAUGCCUACAGCCCCUCCAGGUGCAGUGGGAAGCAGGCAGCCCAAACAGCACAGCAGGUCAUAGGACUGGAGCUGGACACUGAAGGUCACAGGCUCUUUGUGGCUUUUCCUGGCUGCAUCAUUUCCAUCUCUCUCAGCCGGUGUGCCAGGCAUGGGGCCUGUCGGAGGAGCUGUCUGGCUUCUCAGGACCCAUACUGUGGAUGGCAUAGUUCCAGAGGCUGUGUGAAUAUCAGGGGUUCUGCUGGGAUUGAUGUGGAUCUAUCUGGGAACCAGGAAUCCAUAGAAUAUGGUGACUGCCAAGAUGGAGCUACUGGGAGUCAGGCUGGCACAGGGGAUUCUGCUUAUGUGCUUCUGGGUCCUGGCCCUUCCCCUGAGACCCCCAGUUCCCCCAGUGAUGCCCACCCCUGGCCCCAGUCUUCCACUCUUGGAGCUCACACUCAGGGCGUGCGCCAGGACCUCCCCCCAGCCUCAGUCUCCCUCUCCGUCCCCAUCCCGCUCCUCCUGGCCUGUGUGGCCACAGCCUUUGCCCUGGGCGCCUCAGUCUCUGGCCUCCUGGUCUCCUGCGCUUGUCGCCGAGCCCACCGACCUCGGAGCAAGGACGUCGAGACUCCAGUGCUCCCGCGCCCUCUGUCUCUUCGCAGCUUGGUUCGGCUGCACGGGGCGGGCCCUGAGCCACCAUCACUUUCCAAAGAAGGAGACAGGGCUCAGACGCCCGAGCUCUACACCACCUACCUAUCUCCUGCCGAGGGCGUACCUCCGCCAGAGGUGGCCUGCCUGCCCACCCCAGAGUCCACGCCCGAGCUGCCAGUCAAACACCUCCGCAACGCCGGGGGUUCUUGGGAGUGGAAGCAGAAUGGGAACAACGACAAGGAGGGCCCGGGCCGCGCACGGCGCGGGCACGCGGCAGGUGGCCCCGCACCACGCGUGCUGGUGAGACCGCCGCCUCCAGGCUGUCCCGGGCAGGCCGUGGAAGUCACCACACUGGAGGAACUGCUGCGCUACCUGCACGGCCCGCAGCCGGCCAGGAAUAGGACUGAGCCCACGCCGCCGGCACCUUUCACCUCCCGGGCCCUCCGGCCAGAGCCUGCCCCCACCCCCAAGCUCUUGGCGGGCCCUAAGUCCCUUCCCCAGGAAUGCCCCCCACCCGUGAACAUGCCCCCAGAAGAGAAGUGUGUGGCCCCAAGUGCCCGGCCUGUGCUUUCCGUUCCUGCUCCCCGGCUAGGGGUCGGAGGAAGCCGGAAGUUGCCCUUCUCUCACCGUGCACCGCCUGCCCUGCUCACUCGGGUCCCUUCGGGAGGCCCGUCCAGAUACUCCGGGGUCCCCGGGAGACAUCUCCUAUACCUGGGCCGGCCUGAGGGAUACCGGGGCUGCGCCCCGAAGAGGGCGGACGUUGAGAAGCCUCAGUUGUCCCCGAAGCCACCCCUCAUCGGGCUCUCCUCCCAGCCAGUCGCCCCGAACGGCAGCCAUUUCAACUUUUAAAGGAGGCUGCUCCACAACCUUAAAUGGGGCCCUCGAGGCCCGCGCCCUCAAAGGCCGUGAACAAAGACUCAUCUACAAGGACAGGUCACCUCCCUCUCCUUGUCCCACCCCUGCAGCCUUCCUGGACUCAGAGUAUCCCGGGAUCCCCACCCCCCUCGGAUUUAUUGACUGUCGACUCUCAUUCCCCUUGUCCUCGAAAGAGAGGAGUGAGGCGAGAGGCUCGCCCUCUCGGUGAGCAAGUUUCGGAGGGCGGGUUGGGGCGGAGCACUGGCACACCCCACUCCCCCUCCGUCAGCCAAGCUGCCUUAACUCGCCCUUCCGGGCUUCCUCUAGACGCGGAGCCGCGGGCGGGCCGCACGACGGACUGACGGACGCACGGGGCUGGGGUCUCCGGAGAUGAGCCUCCUACUGUGUAGGAGGCCCCACUUCCCAGUACUGCUGUGUGCCCGAGCCGCUGCCUGACUUUACUCGCCGAAGAGGCGGGGCGGGAGCCGAUCGGCUUGUUCUGAGCGCCUUUGCCCCUAGAAUCUCUGCCGUCAUCUUGGCCUUGCGCUCUCUCCCGAAUAAUUGGGAUGGCUGCGGUCCCACCGGGGUUAAUCAGGAAAGGUUUCCUGAAGGAGGCGAGCGAAGAAAUGGUGUGUGGAAAUCAGCCAGGGCCCAGGAGACCCACGGUAGAGUUUAGGUGAGGUGGGGGAGGGCACUCGGCGCACGUUUCUGGAUUGAGGUAACAGGGACUUUUUCCGUAGCCCGUUCUAAGAGGUUAGGGGAAGGAAUUUUUGGAUAAAUAAAAUGAAGCUUUGCCGUGUGAUUUAAGUUUCACAACAGGGAAUCUUGUCCCAAAGAGAAUUUAGAGUCUGGGUCGCAUGAGGGGUACGCUACAAAAACCAGCGGAGGAUUCGGCACAGCUGGAGGCAUAGGUUUGACCCCCAACAGUUCCCCAAAGAGCAGCUCACUUUCGCAGAGCAGGAGCGGAGUUCAACCUCGCGCUUCCCACGCACGCAUACGUACCCUCGGCCUGGGGCUGGCUGCAGGUACCUGUCCGUUACCCCAGGGGCCAAUGAGAGGGUCGAACAGAGUCACCUGCUCCACCCGCUACCUUGCGCUUCAGGUUUUUGCCGGCGCGUAGCUGGAGUAUCCGCCCAGUUGGAGCCCUAGGCGCGCUCCUGGUGGCGCCACCUGAGGUGUGACCAAGCUCCGCUGCUAAAGAUGCCUCGUCAGUUGCUCCCUCUGAUCGCAGGGAAACAGCUGAGAACAACUUGGUGAAGAACCCUGAGAUUGUUUCUAGCCUCGCCGUUAUAUUUGUGAUACUGACAAGCUAAAGCUCUGCUUUGCACCUUCGUUUUCUCUGAAAAAUGGGGUUGUUUGAGGGUCUCAAGUAUGGUAGUUUGUAAAAACGCUUUCUAAAGGAAAAAACGGUACGCUGAGAGAUCGUGGUUCCUCCAAACUCCUGCUUAGGCUAUGACUAACAGCUAUCUACUUCUAAGUAACUCGUUUCCUUUGUAUCCUUAUAAACUUCAUUUACAGAUUUUA